AUGCACUUCACCGCUGGUAUCAAGGCCGUCCUGCUGCUUGCAGCUUCCAUCCCUGCCCAGGCUUGGAACCGUCUCGACAAGGACAAUGCCGCUCUCCUCGUCAUUGACCACCAAGUUGGUCUUGCUCAGGUCGUCCGCGACUACGGCACCAACGACUUCCGCAACGCCAUGCUCGGCCACGCCGCCAUCGGAAAGGUCUUCGACAUUCCCACUGUCCUGACCAGUUCCUCGGACCAGGGUCCCAACGGCCUUCUCCUCAAGGAGAUCACCGACAUGCACCCCAAUGCCACUUUCGUCCGUCGCCAGGGUGAAGUCAACGCCUGGGACAACGCCGACUUCCGCGCCGCCGUCAAGGCCACCGGCAAGAAGCAGCUCAUCAUCGCCGGUAUCGUUACCGAAGUUUGCACCUCUUUCUUGGCUCUUUCCCUCGUUGAUGCUGGCUAUGAAGUGUUCGCCAACACUGACGCCAGUGGAACCUUCGAUAUCCGUCUUGCCGAGGAUGCGAACCGUCGCAUGGAGAAGGCCGGUGUCACUCUCAUGGGUCUCUUUGCCAUCGUCUGUGACUUGAUGCGCGACUGGCGCAAGACCCCUGGUCUUCCCGAGCUUCUGCCUUUCCUUGACAAGUACCAGUUCGCUUACGGUCUUGUUGCCCGUCACCACGCUGGUGCCAUUCAGAACGGCACUAUUGCCCCCGUUGAGCUGACUCUGAUCUAA